AUGGUCAUAUUGUCAAAAAUAGUAAGGCAGAAGCAUGAUGUAGGAACAUUCAUCUGGAUCUUUACCAACCAGAAAGUGACAAAGCAUGAACUGAUUGAAGAACUCGAUCCAAGACGUCAACUUGAAAGUUUGGUUCCAGAGGCCUUCAGCAGUGGUGCCAAGUCCCUUCUCCAUAGAGUUCUUCCUCAUUUAGUCCAAGAUGAAGAGCACACAUGCACUUGA